AUGGGGACACUGAGGGUGGCCCGGCGGCGAGGCCCCGUAGUGGCGGUGCGUGCGGCGCUGGGCUCCUGGGCUCAGGUCUCUGGCUCCGACGGUCUGGCCCAGCCGCCAGGGCCCCAGUCAGUCACGGUCUCAUCCCGUGGUCUCCCGCUUGCAGCCCCAGCCCGCAGCUUUGAGGUCCUCCGGGCGGCCCACCCAGCCCAGGUAGGGAGGAUGGCCCUUCCUGGCUCAGUGCCUCCAGGGCUGUUAUCUACGGGAGCAGAGACCGUACGGGAUGCGGCCAGGCCGGGUGCGCUGCCAGUCCACGCACAAGGCGGUCUCCGCGAGAACCGAGUGCGGGAGAUUGAAGGGGACAAGGUCAUGCUGGGCAAAGAUUUUAUGAGCUCCAAUCUCAUGUGACAUCCACGAAUUCAUACCAAGGAGAAUCCCUAUGAAUGUAAUCAGUGUGGAAGAGCUUUCAGGGAAAGCUCAAAUCUUAUCCUGCACCAGAGAAUUCAUAGUGGAGGGAAGCCAUAUGUAUGUAAUGAAUGUGGGAAGGCCUUCAAUCAAAGCUCAGAUCUUAUUAUCCAUCACAGCAUUCACAGUGGAGAGAAACCCUAUGAAUGUAAUGACUGUGGGAAAGCAUUCAAUCAGAGCUCCCAUCUUGUUAACCACCAGAGAAUUCAUACUGGGGAGAAACCCUAUGAAUGCAGCGAAUGUGGAAAAGCCCUCCGGCAGAGUUCCCUUCUUAUUCAGCAUCAAAGAAUCCAUAGUGGAGAGAAACCCUACAAAUGCCCUGAAUGUGGAAAAGCCUUCUGUGGGUGCACAGUUUCUCUUAAACAUCAGAGACUUCAUAUUGGAGAAAAACUUGAAUAUGAGAAAGCUUUCAGUUCAGAUUCAGAACUUAAUGGACAGGAGAGAAUUCACAAGGAAAAGAAAUCUUAUGAAUAUAAUGAAUGUGGAAAAACCUUCCUAGGCAGCUCAGAUCUUAUUAGAUAUCAAACAAUUCACACUGGAGAAAAACCUUUUGAAUGCAGUGAAUGUGGAAAGGCCUUCGGCAGGAACUCAGUCCUUAUAGAACAUCAGAGAAUCCAUACUGGUGAGAGGCCUUAUAAAUGCAGUGAAUGUGGGAAAGCGUUUAGGGGGAGCUCUCAACUUAUUCAGCAUCAAAGAAUUCACAGUGGAAAGAAACCCUAUGAAUGCAAUGAAUGUUGCAAGACUUUUAAUCAGAGCUCAGACCUUAUUUGACAUCACAGGAUUCAUAGUGGAGAAAAGCCCUAUGAAUGUAAUAAAUGUGGAAAAGCCUUCAGAUGGAGCUCAGACCUUGUUAGGCAUCAGAAAAUUCACACCGGAGAGAAAGUUCAUGAAUGUAAUGAGUAUGGAGAAACUUUCAGUCAGAGCUCAGGUCUUAGCAUCAGAGACACCACACAGAAUCCUAGGAAGACAGUAAUGAUAAAAUGUCUAUAUAUAUAUAUAUAUAUAUAUUUGUUUUUAAAUACUGUUGUGUCUACCUUUAGCCAUCGUAACUAUAAUACUUGGAAAAUUCUAAGCUUCUUAAGAGUGAUUUUCAUCUGAUUCAGUUUAGAGUGUUCAGCCUCAGGCUGUGUGCAGAUUUGUCCUUCCUAAACACUUUCCACAAAGACCUUGAUGGGGUAAGCCUUUAAUUACAUUUUCACUCCUUACUUUAUCAUCAGAGGUUCCACACCACAGGGAAAUCUUGCAAAUGGAAGAACUUGCUUGUAAAGCACCUACAUCAUCACAAAAUUGUGUCCUUGUGUGUCUUCUUCAGCAGCACCAGGAAUCUAAUAACUUUUCCCAUCUUUUUAUCCAUAAUAUGAACUGUACCAAGGGAAUAUAAGAUAGGUGUGAUAUCCUGAACUCUAGAAUGAAUGGCUCUUCCUGGGACAGAGUCUAAUCCAAAAGUCUGAAAAUGGUCCUGAUGUUUUCUCAUUAGAAUAAAUGUCAAUAAAUAGAGUAGAUUAGAGAGUUUGAGCUUGUUCUUCCAUUCCUAGUAAAAUCAGAUACAGAAGCAGCUAGUUUAAUUAGGAAAAGGAAGUGACUAGUAAAUCAUAGGACAGUUACCUUCUUUCAUAUAAGGGUAGAAGUUGUGAUGAAAUCUCUUCUGUAGGAUUUUAAAGUAUAAUGGCACUUUGGAAUCUGACAUACUGAAAUCCAGGUUCUGUCACUUUUAAUCUAUGUAAUCUUAGGCAAUUUUUUUUUAUGUUUCUGAGCCUUGGUUUUCUCAUAUGUAAAAUCAAGAUAACAAUACCUCCCUUGGGCUAUCGUGAAGAUUAAAUGAGACAGUUUUGUUAAGCAUUUAGCAAAGUUCUAGACACAUAGUAUACAACAAAUGAUAGAUGUUUUUGUCAGUAGUUCCUAUGGGCAGUGAUUAUCUAAGGCAUUUUGAAGGAAAGGAGACAACAUAUUCUCCCAGGCUAAAGCCUUCU